UGCAAAAAAGAUUUACAGACAGUAUAUAUAUUUAUUGGUUAUGUUACUGGAUUUGCAGGACUUUUCACAGGUUGUUUUGUGACGCUAUUUAGUGUAUACGCAAUAUUGGCUCAUUUGAGUGGCAUGUUCUCUCCUAGAACUGAAGCUGGUUAUGUUGAAACUGUUUACCCUAUUUUCAGCAUGUUUGCAUUGCUAAGCUUGCACUUGUUCAUGUAUGGUUGCAAUCUGUUCCUGUGGAAGAACACAAGAAUCAACUACAACUUUAUAUUUGAAUUUCAACCUAGAACAGCUCUCAAAUACAGAGAUGCAUUCCUCAUAGGAACUUGUUUAAUGACUGCUGUUGUUGGAGCUCUGGUUAUUCAUUUAAUCUUACUUUCAAGUGGAUUUUCUCCUAGCCAAGUUGAUGCAAUUCCUGGAAUUCUCCUACUGAUUUUUCUUGCUCUGCUGAUAUGUCCAUUGAACAUUUUCUAUCGUCCAACGCGCUUCUACUUCCUUAAAGUCAUACGUAACAUUGUCUGCUCUCCAUUUUACAAGGUAUUAAUGGUAGACUUUUUCAUGGCUGAUCAACUAACAAGCCAGAUCCCAUUGAUGAGGCACUUGGAAUCAUCAGCUUGCUAUUUUCUUGCUGGAAGUUUAACAAAUCAUGGACUUCCAACCUGUAAGUCCGGACGAAUGUACAGAGAGCUUGCUUAUGUUAUAUCUUUCGCCCCAUAUUAUUGGCGUGCAAUGCAGUGUGCGAGGAGAUGGUUUGACGAGUCUGACAUAAAUCACUUGGCUAACUUGGGAAAGUAUGUUUCUGCAAUGGUAGCAGCUGGUGCUAGGCUAACCUAUGCAAGGCAACCUGAUUCACAGUUAUGGUUGGCAAUUGUAUUGGUGACUUCAGCUAUAGCUACAGUUUAUCAAUUGUAUUGGGAUUUUGUUAAGGACUGGGGAUUUUUUAACUUAAAAUCCAAAAAUCCUUUGCUUAGAGAUGAGCUAAUCCUCAAGAAUAAGAGCAUUUACUAUGUUUCAAUUGCUUUGAAUUUGGUCUUGAGAGUAGUUUGGGUGGAGACAGUGAUGCAUUUCAACGUUGGAUUAUUUGAAUCGCGUUUACUGGACUUUUCCCUUGCCUCAUUAGAAGUUAUUCGACGUGGUCACUGGAACUUUUACAGGUUGGAGAAUGAGCACUUGAACAAUGUUGGAAAAUUCAGAGCAGUGAAAGCAGUUCCAUUGCCAUUUCGCGAGACAGACUCUGAUUGCUAGAAUAAAUUUUUGAUCACUUAUGGUGAGAGUGGAGAAUCCACCAUCAUUUAUUGAUCAUUUAACAAUGAAUUGAGCCUUAGGGAUCAAAGUGUUGCCAAGAAAAAUCGCAAUCAGCUAAUGUUAUUUCCAUGUCAGUUGUAUAUUUUCUCAUUCUUAACUCUAAUAUGAUCAGAAAUGUAUCUCUGAUAUCUAUUAUUCUUAGUAAAUAUCAAAAGUCUCUAUUUUCCUGAA